UUCUUUCCCCCAGGGCUCUUUUCCCCAGCUCCCACCCGUGGAUGUGAUGGCAGCGCCGGCUCUGUCCUGCUAUCUGUCCCUCCUUGUCUUCCUCCUGGCCCUGGCCAUCCCUCAGGGAUUCACAGCGGCAGAUGACACCCCCAAGCUCACAUGCUUCUACAACUCAAAAGCCAACAUCUCCUGUGCCUGGAGCUGGGAUGGGGACCCACAGGCCUCGUCCUGCAAGAUCCAUGCUUGGCCAGAUAGACGGCCUUGGAACAGGUCCUGCGAGCUGCUCCCACUGAGCCCGGCGUUCUGGGUCUGUCACCUGAUUCUUGGAUCCCCAGAUGCUCAGAGUCUGACUGCGGCUGACAUUGUCAAAAUGAGCGUGAUAUGCCACGAAGGGGGGAGGUGGAGGACACUGAUGACCCAGGACUUCAAGCCCUUUGAGAACCUUCGCCUGAUGGCCCCCGACUUGCUCCAAAUCACCCAUGUCGGGACCCACAAAUGCAACAUAACCUGGAAAGUCCCGCAGUCCUCCCAUUACAUUGAAAGUUACCUGGAGUUUGAGGCCCGGACAAGGUCCCCAGGCCACAGCUGGGAGGAGGCCUCCGUGCUGAUCCUUAGGCAAAACCAGCAAUGGAUUUGCCUUGAGACACUUACUCCGGGCACCUUGUAUGAAUUUCAAGUGCGGGUCAGGGCCCACCUAGGCAGUCACAAGGCUUGGAGUCCCUGGAGUCAGCCCUUGGCCUUCAGGACGAGGCCUGCAGGGAAGCGGACUCUGACCUUUCCUCGGUUUGGCCAUGUCGUCGUGGGCAUUAGCAGUGCCUUCGGCUUUCUCAUCUUGGUCUACUUUUUGGCCAAAUGUCAGUACAUCCGACUGUGGCUGAAGAAGGUUCUGAAGUGCCACAUCCCAGACCCGUCGGAGUUCUUUUCCCAGCUGAAGUCAGAGCAUGGAGGAGAUUUCCAGAAGUGGCUCUCCUCGCCCUUCCCCUCGUCAUCCUUCAGUCCCAAUACCCAGGCACCCGAGAUCUCCCCGCUGGAGGUGCUGGACCGGGACACCAAGGCCACACAGCUGCUCCUGCUGCAGCAGAAGGGGCCCUCACCCUCGGCCGAGACCAGCGGCCACUCGCUGACCAGCUGCUUUACCAACCAAGGUUACUUCUUCUUCCACCUCCCUGACGCUCUGGAGAUCGAGGCCUGCCAGGUGUACUUCAGCUAUGACCCCUGCACAGAAGAGUCCGAGGAGGGCGGGGCUGGGGCGCCUGAGGGGUCUCUCCUCCCACCCCUGCCGCCCCUGCCGCCCCUCUCCUCGCCACCCCUGCCAGCAGAAGACGAUGCCUACUGCACCUUCCCCCCUGGGGAUGACCUGCUUCUCUUCUCUCCCGGGCUCCUGGGUGGCCCCGUCCCCCCCAACACCAUGGCCGGGGGCAGUGGAGCCUGUGAAGAGAAGCUGCCCCCCUCUCUGUGGGAGGGAGCUCCCCGAGACUGGGCCCCCCAGGCCCUGGUGCCUCCCAACCCAGGAGUGUCUGACCCGGGGGACAGCCAGCCACCGCUGGAGCGCGCCCUGGGAGAAGCAAGAGAGGAGGUCCCGGCCCCUGGCCCCACGGAGGGGAUCGGCUUCCCCUGGGCUAGACCCCCCGGGUAUGGCCAGGUUGGAACCCCUGCCUCCUGCCUGACCCUGAACACCGAUGCCUAUGUGUCUCUCCAAGAGCUGCAGGAGCAGGACCCGGCUCACUUGGUGUAGACAGACAAGGCAGGCUGCUGCCCACUGUUGUGCCAGGCCCAGGUGAGGACUCUGUCCUCAAGGCUUGUCCGCUGCUGAGUCACCCAGUGCCUAGCUGCCCCCUGGACAUCCCUGCCCUGAGGGCCCCCACCCAGCCUUGCCCCCUCGGGCAUUCAUUUCCAAAUGGCAACUGCUGCUCCCCGGUUCUGUGGCCCAAGCCAGGAAUUACAGUGGGUGGGGACACUGUGACUCCCCUCAGCUGUCACGGAGUCCCAUGGCUUUUGCCUUUAAAGCAUCCCUCCUCUGGAGCCCUGCAAGGACUCUUCAGGGAGAGUUCUCGGGGUUCUCCAGCGAUCUUCACCGUGUCCCCCUCACUGGGCUUCCUGCCCCAGUCCCACCCCCUCCUGCCCAUCCUCCACAGGGCAGCCAGAGCGCUCUCUCCGAACCACAAACCAUAUGGCUCUGCUGCCCUAGCUUAAAGCCCACCAUGGCUCCCCGCUGCCCUCCGCACCACUUCUUGGCCUGGCUGUCAUGUUGGGACAUUACCUCCUAGAACCCUCCCAGUGGUCCUACUGAGCCACCAGCAGCUCCCUCACGCCCCACACAUUUGCACAUGCUGUUCCCUGUACCUGCGGUGCUCUCUCCUCCCUCAUCCAGGUGACCAAUCCCCUUAUCCCUCAAGGGUCCUUUCUGCUUCCUUUGGAGAGAAACUCUGCAUCCAUUAAUGCUCCCGGACUUCAAGCUUCCGUGUCAUGGGGUGGCUAGACAAAGUGGCCCAGUCACUUCGCCCUUGGGAUCUCUUGUGACCUCAGAAUGCUUAGCUACUGUGUCCUUGCCACUGUGGCCCAAUUUGUGACGCGAAUCCCCCAGGAAAGCAGACACUGGCUGGAUCUUUCCAUCGUGGUUUCAUGGAUUCAUAAAUCAUGCUGCUAGGAAGUAAACCUCUCCUAGUGGCUGGUUCUGAGGCUGUCACAGGGAGUCUAGACCUCUCUUGGAGAGAUCUCUUCCACAACUGAGGGGGCUGGCACGCUGCGUCCAGACGGGCAACUUGCUUGGCACCCCUAUCCUAUUCCCUGUAGUGAACUAUCUGGGACCACCUUGCUUGGACUCCCUGUGCCCGGCUGCCUUCACACAGGGGCCAUCGUCCUCUUCUGAGGUUAAGACUCAGAGAGGCGAAGCCCCAGGCUCACUAGGCUCCAGCAUGCCCAUUCCAGCAAGAGCCUCGUCCCCUUUCACCGCAGUCCUCCCCGCAGCACAAACACAGACUCACACCCCAAAGCACAAACACAGACUCACACAGCUGACCCCUUCCUCCUCGGUUCUCCCCAUCACCUCUCCACUUCUCUUCCUUCUGUCCCUGGCACAGAUCACACCUGUGAUGCCUGCCACAACCUUCCUCUCACAGGAGCAACCCCAAGGAGCAAAGGACUCCUUCCCAGGUCCCUGAUAUGUGAGUGCACUGAGCCAGCACUUAUAGGCCCUGCUCCUAGCUGAUUGGGUGCCUGACACAAGCCCACCCAUAGGCCGACAAGCUUGCUGCCUAUGAGCUGGCUUAGAACAGAAGCUCCGCCCAGUCAGGGAGGCCCGGCCUGAACUGGCCAAUCAGAUUUCUCUCAGUCUUGAGCAUUUCAACUCAGGGUCUUAAGAAGGUAGGUCCCUGGGAGCAGGUGCCUGUGCAGAAGGCUCUUGGAGAAGCCUGGGGUGGAGGAGUUCAGCCCGGUUAGCAGAGGGCACUGGGUUCUGCUACAGAGACUCCCAUUGACAGAGGGCUACCGACGGUUCGCUCAAGAGUCUCAUUUUCCUUAAGUCCGAAAUAAACUCCCUUUUCCUGAGGUUGUCUGAGUCUUGGAUCCUUACCACGGAAGAGCUUGAGCACUUGGUCACUCCUGACGUACGAUGCCACGUGUUCUGGGCCACGAGGUUCCUCAGUCCUGGCCUGAGCAUCAAACCCAAGCUCCGUGACCAGACCCUCGCUCUGUGUCCCCGCGCAAACCAUGAAACCCCUCUGUGAGUCAGUUUCCACUUGGAAGAGUUCUUGGGACAGUUCUGGUUCUUAAGCCUUGGGCAUUUGUGCCAUACGGAUGUUCAAUGACUUGUGUGUGCCAUCUCUGUUA